AUGGAACUUUCCUGCCUUACAGAGGACUGCAGUUGUGAGGGUACAACCUAUGUGAGUAGGUUAAAUACCCCAGUACUCCAAAGUCUCUAUGCCGCUGACUUAGGCGAUUUACUAAGGGUGGAAUCAGUGCAACUGGGUAAGACAGAUGGGCAUGCCAAACUCCUCAUGUGGUCUGUGUCUCGUCCUGUGUGAAUGAGAACGCUUUGGCGUCUACAGGAAACUAUGGCAUGCUCUUUCGGCCAUUCAAUUCCUGUGUUAUUGCUUUCUCAGGCUUCUUUCCCUGGUCUUUUUUUUGCUGUGAAGAACACUCGGAUAAGCAGACCUUUGGCCAUUUCGUCGUCCUGCCAGACCCAGUACGUUUCUACACGGCGUUGCAGUGUUCUCACACGAUUGCGCUUUUUGGUAAAAAGACGUGGUUGUGGCAGGAGUGUUCUUCGGUUUCCUGUUGCUUUGGGUCUCCCAUCUCUCUUUCUCUCUCCUGAUGAGCAUAGAAAGUGAUAGGUUUUUCUAAUGGAUUUAUUAUCCGUAACAGCUGUCAUGGUUUCAAUUAACACAGAACAAACAUCAAGCAAAUAUAGUGUGGGCAGAAACUCGUAAAACGCUGAGCGUACUCUUAACUAGGCCUUCAAUUGGAACAAACAGAUAGGCGAGAGUGCAUAGUGGACUAGGCACGACGCGCUCUAAUGAAACAGAAUCCACUGUAAAUUCUCCCAUGACAGCAACGUAUCCUUAAAGCAAGCAUAUUUCCGGAAACCUGGGUAGCCUGCUUAGGAAAAAAACUAUUCAUCACAUCCAUAGGAUUUUUGAUGUCUGGAUAAGUACAAUCGCAUCGUACAGACGGAAUUACCGAAAACUGGUCCGUCCUACUUCUUUUAUGUGGAAUGUCGCUUUUUAUAAAACAAUUUUUGAGAGAAAAUGCUAUAUGAUUUUUAUAUUUUCUCUAGAGAUUAUUUGUUAUAAAGAAGCUGUGUUUUCAAUUUUACUUAAUGUUUCCAAACCGCAUACUACGCUGCAUACACCGCAAACACACUGCUGAAUUGAAAGACAGUAAGAUAUACGAAUGAUCUGCCAUACAAUUUUUCUGAAAAACUGAAUAAGGAGCGCGAUUCCCCAUAAAACGAUCAAAAUGAAUGAACGUUUUUUUGCCACCUUUUUUGAAUGUAUCCAGACACAUAGAACUAACGGAGACAUGCAGAUUAACUAAGUAGCACUUUAAUUCGUUUAAAAUUUAUUUUGCCGAUGGCUAAAUAUGUGCACAUUCGAAGUUAAGCUUACUACCGUGCAAUAAUUGCAUUUGUAUUUAUGGUCACUAAUGUUAGGUUGCGCACCCCCCCCUAAGUCAUUGUUUAUUACUCCCAAAUACACUGAAUUACUGAACUAAAAUUUUAUGCGAACAUUCAACAUUUCUGUAAUUGCAUCGCUUGCUGCACCGGAUAUCAACGACAGCUAUCCAAUAGAUGGCGCAUCUCAAGAAACUUUAAUCGAAAUUCCGAAAUGGACAGCGCUGGAAAAAAAUGCUUAAAUGAGAUAGCAAUAUGAUUAUCUUGCAGCAUAACCACAGCAUAUUUGUGUCACGCCAAGGCACCGAUUUUAGAAUAUACGCCUUCUCCGUCACUUGCGCAAGCCACGCUUGUUAAUAAUAAAUUUCAGUGCCCUGAAAAUUAAAAUUCUAUUUUAAAGAACAGGCGUAUAAAAGCCUGUCUUGUAUUCAUUUGGCGAAAAACUACAUUUUUCUCGAAGAAAGGACGGCCUUAGGUUUUAAAACGCAUAUAGCUUUGAGGUAAAUAGCUGCAAUGGAAUGUCCGUUUACCACUAUUCCUAAGUCAAUGUACAAGUUGAUCCAAAUGAAUUUUAUAAUUGCACAAACUCCUUGUGGCAAUUGCUUAGUAGCAGCAAUUUAUGUAUUAUUUUCCUUAUAUGAAAAGUAUAUAGCUUGCAGUAGAGAAACUCUAAUUUUGAAAACCUUAAUGUAGGCAUAACUGUGGGUAGCGCAUUAAAUCUCUUCAAAGCAUAAAGUUCCUCAAGCAUAAAAUUUAAAGCUUAGCUUAACUAGCAAAUGAGUACAAAAAAGGAUAUUUUGUGCCUACGCUCUAUAACCGAGUCGGAGUUCAUAAAACAUGAAAACUCAAUGGAAAUAAUCACUGUUGUACUUUGCAAGCGGCCGAAAAGAAUCUAAUUCAAAAGCCGGCAGCCUGGUAGACUGAAUCAGGCCGAAAUUAUGUGUGAUCCCCACGAUUACAAUCUCCCCUGACUAGUCCCUUCUACUCGAAGUAGGGUUUGUCGCAUGAGGUCUUUCUACCAACGCGUUGGUGAAAAAUUGCUAUAAUCCGAAAGGCAACGGUUCACAUCUACGAAAGCUUUAGCCAAGACUCCAGAGCGAAAUGUACCCUAGGCAGUCCUGAAACGACAACAGGCAAUAACCAAAUGUCCUCAAGGUUGACAACUGUGCAAACCGCGAUCAGCUUAUUUUCCAUCUACCCGCGUCUACUGAUGGCUCCGAUUACAACGUGGCACAGCGCUUGUGCGAAAUACGGCGUCAGUGAUUAUGCCGAUCGAUGUAGUUACCUGGUCGUCACGGAAAUUCAUGUCAGCAAACGGACACCAACAACUGGAUUACAUUAGGUCUACAACGCAUUUUAAUUGGACGCUACAUCUGGUACUUAGACUGAAUGAAAAUUCGAAACGUCGAGAAGUGCCUAGCUGAUUCCAUACACUGAACGCCACUGGAGUACGACUGAAAAAUUACCCAAUCAAAUCCUGCGGUUGAGUAUCCUGAGCGCUGAUUGGCUCAGCUAAGGAGAGUAGCGUUAUGUUCCACUUUGCGUUGGCUAUCACCUCGUCUCGCCCAUGUAGCAUCAAAGCGCUUCCUUAUGUAAAGCGUCAACUCGUCUGCUUAUCUUCGUACUAUUUGUGCGCAGUCAAGAACUUCGUUGUGCCAGCAAAAUGAUCUACUCUUCUUACUGCUUCCGCGUCCAUGCCCCAGCGCCAACGGAAGAUGGUAACAAUCUGUGAGAAGUAUAUUUGUACGUAGCGCCUAAACGGGGCGUUGGCAUAAAUAAUUCUAACGAAUCUUACCUUAUAUACGAGAGAAUCUAAAGCAUUUAUACUGCAUAAGUAUGUGAAGGGAUGUUAAUAUGAAUGUGCUAAGGUAUGUACGGGUUCAACAUACAUAAACAUAAAAAUACGAACAAAUGGUUCUUAAUUAAGAAGAGCGUUUGGCGAGCAUACGCGUGCUUUCGAAAAAUUCCCAUCAGACCUCUACACUUAUACGGGAACGAGGUAAAAACUUAAACGUGCAAUCAAUAACAGCAGUAAAUUACGGUGCGGAUUUUCACUUUUUGCAGGGCUUUCUGGAACGCAGCGUCCACGAUAAAGGAGCGAUCACUGUAUUCUAGAAUGGUAUGCCUAAGUCUUCCUGUCCUCGUUCAUCAAAUACGCCCAAGCUUUACUUCUAGUUGGAGUGCUGCGGACAAUGGUAGAUUUGGUAGGGCUCUGACAGUCAUUAAUAGUCAGCUUUUAAAACUUUCAUCGGCACUAACCCAUCCAGCAGAACUGUAUGCCCCAAUACAGAAACAUUUAAAACAGUGAUGCUGACAGUCCUCUUCUUGUUCUUCUUCCUCUUCCUCAUCCCCAUGCUUGUCCUAACGUUCCGAGAAUCUUAACCCUUCAGGUACCGUUCUGCCUGCUGGUGGCACAAUUGUGUAUUGUUUGGGCAGGCUCCUACGAAGGCUACCUCGCGAAUCUGCUGGCACGCAACGAGGCAGCCCAGGAGGAAUUUCGGCGCAACAACCCUAGCGGCCAGUUUGUGCUGGACUACCUAGGAUCGCCGGAAUUUCGACGUUUCCAACCCCUGUUAGCAGAGAGUGAGACAGAUGAUACUGAUGCCGACGCCUGGGACGCCUUCCUUGCCGAUCUAGCCUACGCAGCAGAUGCCGCAGCCAAGGAGGAUCCCGCGGCGUCUGCGCAACACUUGAGUGUGGCACCUUGGACAAAGCGUCCACAACUGAAUGACACCCCGCGUAAUGUCGAAUUAGCGGGACAGAAUCACCUCUGGGGAGAACACCGGAUGAGCGGAGGCUCCAGCGAGGUGGGUAAGUGGGUGGAUUACGCUGUGAUGAGUGCACAUGCGCAAGAUGAAGAUGAUGAUGAUACUGAGGGGGAAGAAGACAAUGAAGACGGGGAGGGAGAGUUUGGCGCAGACGCUGUUUUCUCUCCUGACGCAACACGUUUACUCGGAACGCCCUUCCCCGCCUCUGCAUCCUCCCUGACGAAGCCGUUAGCGCAUUCACCAUCAGGUGUGAAGUUGGAUCAACUGCCGGCGUACUGUGACCCCCCGAACCCCUGUCCCCUAGGCUAUGAUCCUGACAGUCUUCCAACACCCUGCGACCAAAAUAUCCCCAACACCAAAGAAUUUAACCGGGCUUGGAUCAUGAGAAAGAUGCGAGAGGGAGAAUGUCCCUGCGAUGAGGAGCACAUGGAGGUGUGUCCUGCGGCGAAACCGUCAUUUCCUUCGGCUGCUGGCUUCUUGAAGUCUGUUAUUCUCCACAAGGUGAUUUGUUGAAGUUUUUAUUUCCGCAUAGACAUUUUACUUCCAGUCUAGGUUGCUGGGUACUCUUCGGAGUUUCAGCUUGCUCGAGCCAUCUUAAAUAAAUGGGCUUCAAAGUGGCCUAAGGUUUUGUGAAUUAAGAACAGUUUUACCAGUCACCAAACGACCAAUUCCCUGACCCUUUAUCAGUAGUGACUGCAGGGAAAACGCUUUAAUAUCACUUGCACGGUUUUAUGAAAAAAUCGUAUCUACUUACUACAUUUAUGUACUAUCUCUUGUGUGUACGUUCGAUGACCCGAUUCCCACUCUGGAAACCGCCAGCCCAACCACGUGUGCCGCCACUGUGUUACGGCUACCUGCAGUAAUAUUAAGGCUUUUGACUUGUCAACCCAUCCUCAUGCGAUCACAAAAACAGUCUCUAGUUUUUUCUCGGUCACCAGAUUUAGCCGAAAUAUUCCACAAAAUAUAUUUAAAUAAUAACUAUCGUUAUCAGUGUAAAUUGCCUGUGAAAAGUUGGAAAAAGUCAUGUUUGGGCUUAAUUUACAACACUUUUCCAGCGGAUAAUAAAAAAAUUUAACGUCUUCGAUCUAUAAUACUGAUUUAAGAGAAACUCCGACUCGAAUGGUGGUUUAGGUGGCUAUUUCUGGUUACUACCAGUCGCCCGUCAGUCAAAGCCCAACCCUAAAUUUGAAUAAUUCGAGGUUCGGACCUCGAAUCAUUGGUCAUCCAGCGUUGAAUACGACGAUCUAUCAUCUAACAACGAACCUGGUUUGCUGUAGAUUUCCAUCGGAAAUAUAAGUAGAGUGAGCGGCUCGUUCAUCGAUCAGGCUAAGGAACAUGCUUAAUCUUUGCUCAUUAAAACUCCAUGGGGAACCGUCGCAGACAAAAAUGGCUGACAUGUGGGACUGUAAUUGUCAUUUCUUUUUGUCGGCCGUCGUCAGCCAACCACAAAAACAAGGCUCCUCUGAUGUAAAUACUCCGUUAAUGGUAGUCUUCGGUCACUUGUUAACCGUUCAAGAUUCGAUUUCUUCUGGCCGAAUAGACUGCAUUCUCCCAGAAAUGAGUGGACCCAGGGCGGCUCCAGUAAAAGGCGGAGAGGCUUUAUUGGAUAUAAAUCCCCGACUCGUCGUCUCAGGGCGGCAAUGGCCACUGACAAGGCAGGGUCAUGCACAAGUUUUGCCUUUUAAAAUAUUUGCUGCGACUGUAAGGAAAAAAAUAUGCGCCAUUUAUUUUUAAUACUUAAUAAUAAUAAUUAUAGUUCGGUUACACUUAGACAACUCUGUAAAUCACUGGGUUUGAUCAAAGUCUCCCAACACAACAGUGGUAGCAGCAUAAUCCUAAUCUCAGCCACCAGAGCGAGAGUUCGGGGUUAAAACCUUGGGUGUGCAAUGACCUUGAUAUGGGGUACCAUUGCCUGCGGCAGACAAUAGGCCUGAAUUACACGGUUAGGUGUUACAACUCGCUGCAAACAGCAUGGCUCUAGUCAGUAGCUGCUGGAUUCGUACCAGUCUGGAGGACAAGAAAAAAUAUUUCACCAACCUUCAUCCCCUUAAUGCAUUUGCUAUGUUACGAAGAAACUUUUUAACACAAGAGCUUUUUAGAAAAAGUAGUCGGAAGGACUGAUCUCAGCUUCGGGCAAAGCAGUUACGUUCCACAUCCAUAUGAUCGUAGAGAAAAGCUGCUGGUUAGAGCCGAAUCUUCAUCGAGUCCAGUUUAAAGACACCAGUCAUUCUCCUCGUCUUCCUUUCUUCUUUGUUCUUAUUUAGCCCCACAAAUUGGACGAAGUACUGGAUGGAGAGAACCCUUACCUUCGCGGUCGCCGACGAUCAAGUCUGGUAGCUAAGAAGUUUGGCCGUCAAAAGAGAUUCAGAGUGAGUUUUAACUCUGUUUUCUUCAUUGGUACUGUUUUGUCCUCUGAGUCCCUCGAAUGCAGUCGCCGGUUCAAGGCAGCCACUGAGUUUGUAUCAGGACUUCUGCUUGUGGCUGGGAGAUUUCAGAGAAAAUUUGCGUGGUGCAGUUGUGAUCGUGCCUGAUCCAGCCGGCGUAGGCGACGUCACAUACUGUACAUCUCGACGCACGACAGUCUACGUCAGGAGAUCUGGACAACGCGACCCAAUCUCUUCACCAGUAACGAAUACUGGAUACUGAAGGUUCCAGAACCACUACGACGUUUUGACGAACCGUAUCGAGUCAGGUCUUCGGUUGGCGUCCCCAAGCUGGUAACGCCGCGGCAUAGAGAACAAAGAUUCAGAGUUCUUGAGGCGGGCGACAAAGAACUUGGCCUAGCUAUAUUGCCGCCGCAAACGAGGAUUCUGUGAUUUGAUACAACAUCAAUAGGUAACUAUUGGGAGAUGGCACUCAAAAACCUCCGUGACCUAGAAAUAAUACCUACUCUAUCUAUUUGAGUAGGCUAUAGCCCUACAUAUUUGUUCUUCAUUCAGAGAAUGGUUAUCAGACAGCGGUAAUCACAUGCCUCCAGUUUCCGCCCAUUUCCAUUCACAACAAUGGACGAGGACUGACCGGAACGGUUCCCGGUACACGUGGAUCUUCGUGGCGAUGGAGAUGUUGUGUCGGGUCCAAAGGCACUUUCUAAGGAUUAAGAAAACCCUGGAAACAUCGUCAUUUCGGGAGACCGUGUCGUCCUUGGUCUAUCCACGAGGCAGCCGCCUCGUCCUGAGGUUGACAGUCACUUAUGCCGAAAGGUGCCGUCUCCUGGUCAGGGAUACAACUCCAAAUCCAUUUAGCCUUCCCACCUUUUUGGGAUGAACCAACCGAAGUAGCGGCCUCAUUCGCCUGCGGCAUCGCAGACUGUAGCUCAUCAAAGCUUGAGGCUAGGAAGGCCAUGUGGUCAGCGUAGUCGAGAUCAGUCAGUUUGCUUCCAAGUGAAACUUCAACACCGUAAAAAACGUAUAGGGUCCUUCCGAAAAUUCAGCCAAUGGAGUAGUUGAUCAGUGUGGCGACAGGAUACAACCUUGACGUGGCAUAAACAGGUUGUCUACCGGACGCCCGCCUUUAGCUGCAGGUUCCGCGACGGAAUUUAACACGACCUAACUGAUUUUGUAGAUGUUUCUGACUCCUCUUUGGAAAACCCAUGGACCAUCUGACCGGCUAUCCCGCUCUACAACAAAUGCUGAACAUGUAGCGCCUGUGGACGCAGCCUGGAACGGCCGCUGGAUUCUGCUUCCUAUAAAAGAUACUUCGGAACUUAGAGAAAUCACCUGCACUUGAGGAGUCGGAAAUGUCCUAACAAAAGCCGAGAUCAAUCUGCAUCUUACUACUUAACCAUAAGUACUUCCUUCGUAUGUUGAUCGACUCUGAAGCCUCUUUGGUAGUUCUUUUUUUCCUUUGAUACGAAGCAUGCGGGAUGUCGUUAACUCGAAAAUACCUCUCAUUUUUUCAGUGUCGUCAGAACCUUAUCCUACUUUAUGGUAUUCAAGGUUAGAACAAAGUCUUCAUCAAAUACCGACUUCGGUAAUUUGAUUUCUGUACUUGUGAUGCGUCAGUCUCAAACGACGUUCACUACCGCUGUCGGAGAGAGCAGAGUUGUGACUUCCGUGUGAAUUGAUCUAUGAAUAAGUAGCUUUCGCUUCACCCACCCGCAGCCUCUUUCCAAACUCACCGUGUUCAACUGGCACGACAGUCUGGCCGACUGAUCUCGGGCAAUUGUACAAGAUUGCAUAUUACACGCUACUAACACUAUUUAAGUAGGCAUAUUUUAACGAUCGCCUUAUUCCAAAUGAUCUGAAUGAGUGAGGCCAACAGAAUUUUGCUGUAUAGAAAUACGAUUUUUGCACACCGCGACUCGAGUCAGCUUACGGAUUCUGCCGCGAUUAAUGACAGGAGCUUUUCUUUUACCUAGAACACUGCCGUUAAAUCACCCGCCCCCACGCUUUGCCAGAAGUCUGGACGCUCACUUCGAUUACCGGCCAAAUUAGGGUUUCAUAUGUGUUCAGUUGCCAAGAUAGUUCACGAAGAAUGCUGCGCUAGACCUUCGCUCCCUAUUUACCAAGCACGCAGAGUGGCCGCAGCAGCUAAUCUGUCACAGUGACCUUUCACGCUGUCUUUCAGGGGCACGUAGUUUUUCUGACCAGGUAGAUAACCAAUCUGAAGACAGCGCUCGGACAUCCGUCACUUCAUGCAUGAAAACGGUAUGUGUCCUAGACAAACAGUGCGUCACUCCAUACCGACCCAAUGCAACUGAAUUCUAGACCGACUGGUAUGCGGAAUGGAAAUUUCGGUAAAGUUUCUACCAGUUCGCAUCGCGCUCUCCGCAAUCUCACCGCAAACAGCCCCAAGUUGGGCAGACAACUCCUAGAUGACAAUCAGAUCCUAAAGCAUCACUGUAGAUUAUUAGAGUACGUCUUAAUUUUGUCCAAUAAUCUCUUUAGGCACGCCGUCAUCGCUUGAACUCCUACCUUCUUGGACAGCAUCGCAACAUUGUCAAGAAGGACGGCCGAAGAGGGUCACAGCAAGCGAGCUUCCGAUGA